CAAAUAAGAAAAUUAGAAAUGAACAGGAGAGGUCGCUUGUUAAAUAGUCGUUCUAUUCUACGGAGUAAGGAGAAAGAUCGUUCUUUCCAUCAUUCCAAGCGUCAGUCAUACAGAGGACUUGGUACAGAUCAUUCAAAAACAAGGAAGGAAAGUGAGAUCAGAGGCUCUGUAGGAAGGAAAUCAGGCACUUUCUUGAGCAUCCCGUUAGCUCUAAAGAGAAAGAAAAGUUUAAAUGAGUUUUUCUCUAAAUAAAGCCAUGCCAAGAACCAUCCAAGUGCCUUCUGAAGAUUUUAAACCUCAUUGAAAUAAGAAAAUAGAAAUUGAUAGUCAGUGUGAUGAUAUGGAGAUAGAUGAAAAUAAUGAUAUAAAUUCAACUAAAGUCCGGACCCUUGCUUCCUUCUAUCCUUCAAACUGCUUGAAAGCAACUAAGGAUCUCGAAAAACAUAGCUAUAACUUUGGCCGUCGAAAAUGAUCUGAUGAUGAAAUGAAUCCCGACUGAAUCCCCGAUGAAGAAAAAUUAAGAAUUUUCCACCAUAAAUGUGAAACUGAGAUGUUGAAAGAUAAGCUAAGAAAGCCGGAUCUAGAGACCUUAUCAAUCCCAGAGCAUUUAGCUGAGUACGCUGAUGAUGUCUUUGAGCAUAUGCAUAAGACAGAAGAUAUCUAUCUGCCUCAAUAUGGCUAUAUGAAAUCACAAAAGGAUGUAAACGAGAAGAUGAGAGCUAUCUUGGUUGACUGGCUGAUAGAAGUCCACUAUAAAUUUAAAUUACUUCCUGAAACUUUAUAUAUUACUGUAAAUAUUAUUGACAGGUAUCUCGAGCUCAAAGAGAUCAAAAGACAAAAACUUCAGCUUCUUGGUGUGACCGCCAUGUGGAUUGCAUGCAAAUAUGAGGAGAUCUACGCUCCUGAAAUCAAAGAUUUUGUGUACAUAACUGAUAAUGCAUACGAACAAAAAGAUAUAUUGACACUUGAAUAUGAAGUUCUAAAAAUUCUCGAAUUUAAUAUCACCACUCCAUCUGCGUAUAGGUUUUUAGAGAGGUAUGCCAAGCUUCUGGGGGUAAAUUCAAAGACAUUCAACCUAGCAUGGUACCUUAUAGAACUUCCUCUGAUAGAAUACAAGAUGCUGAAAUAUAAGCCAUCAAUGAUAAGCUCAGCUGCACUUUUUCUAGCAAAUAAAGUUUUGAAAAAUAACAUCAGGUGGAAUUCUUCAAUGAAUAAUCUUCAGAAGUUCUCUUCAGGGAUUAAACCUCAAGAAGGAACCAAGGUUCCAAAUAUUGCCACAUACUGUGAACAAACUCUCAAACCUUGAGCGAAGGAUCUGUGAGUUUUGUUAUAUGGUAUUGACAAAAUAAGUCUGAAAGCGGUUAAAAAGAAGUUUUCAGAUAAAAAAUUUGAAGAAGUUGCUCAGAUUUUACUCAAAAAUGACUAAGAAGAUCUUAUUAAUUGAUUUAUUCUAAAUCUACCCAAUUCAUAAGAAUUUCAUAUAU